CGCCCUAGCCACGGCGCCAACACUAAGUUUGCGCUUCGGGAGUUGGCGUUCGAUCGUGUCCCUCGGCCUCACCGCUUGGUCCCCGCGAGCCAGGCGGUCUCUUGCCCCUCGGGCGGCCACCCACGAACACUCGGGCAGGAGGACGCGGAGUAGGGUGGCGCUUGCCGGGGCUGGGGCAGCCGCCUCCCGAAGAUGCGGGAUGGCAGCCGAGCCGCCGUCCAGCCUCUCCUACCGCACCACGGGCUCCACCUGCCUGCACCCGCUCAGCCAGCUCCUGGGCAUCCCGUUGGACCAGGUGAAUUUCGUGGCCUGCCAGCUCGUUGCUUUAUGUGCUGCUUUCUGGUUUCGCAUCUACUUAAGUCCUGGUAAAACUAGUCCCGUGGCCCGGCACACGUUUGCCACCAUUUUUGGCAUCUAUUUUGUCAUCUUUUGUUUUGGCUGGUACUCUGCGCAUCUGUUUGUGCUGGUGUUAACGUGCUAUGGAAUCAUGGUCACUGCAAGUGUAUCCAAUAUUCACAGAUACUCCUUUUUUGUAGCAAUGGGAUACUUGACGAUAUGCCACAUCAGCAGAAUAUACAUCUUCCACUAUGGGAUUCUCACUACGGAUUUUUCUGGGCCUCUGAUGAUUGUCACUCAGAAGAUCACAAGCUUGGCAUUCCAAGUUCAUGAUGGUCUCGGUCGAAGAGCUGAAGACCUAUCCGCCGAGCAACAUCGACUUGCUAUAAAAGUAAAACCCUCUUUUUUGGAAUACUUAAGCUACCUUCUCAACUUCAUGAGUGUCAUAGCUGGACCUUGUAAUAAUUUCAAGGACUAUAUAGCCUUCAUUGAGGGGAGACAUAUACACAUGAAGUUGCUGGAAGUGAACUGGAAGGAAAAAAGUUGCCACGGCCUGCCAGAACCUUCUCCCACUGGAGCUGUGAUACGCAAGUUGUGCAUGACCCUGGUGUCUCUCCUUUUGUUUUUGAUGCUCACGAAGACCUUCCCUGUCACCUCCCUGGUCGAUGACUGGUUUGUUCAUAAAGCGAACUUUCUGACUCGACUGUGCUACUUAUACAUUGUCAUGCAAGCCUCAAAGCCCAAGUAUUACUUUGCCUGGACGUUAGCUGAUGCAGUGAAUAAUGCAGCUGGCUUUGGGUUCAGCGGAGUGGAUGAGAAUGGAAAUUUCUCUUGGGAUCUGCUUUCUAACCUAAACAUCUGGAAAAUUGAGACUGCUACAAGUUUCAAAAUGUACCUAGGAAACUGGAAUAUUCAGACAGCUACUUGGCUAAAGCGAGUGUGCUACGAGCGAGCCCCCUGGUACCCCACAGUGUUUACCUUCAUCCUGUCUGCCCUGUGGCACGGUGUCUACCCUGGGUACUAUUUCACCUUCUUAACUGGAAUCCUUGUCACAGUAGCAGCCAGAACGGUGAGGAACAACUAUAGACAUUACUUCAUUUCUUCAAGAGCCGUCAAGGUCCUUUAUGACGUGGCCACGUGGGCUGCCACUCAGCUGGCCGUCUCAUACACAGUGGCACCCUUUGUUAUGCUGGCAGUUGAACCAACCAUUAGUUUGUACAAGUCCAUGUACUUUUAUUUACACAUCGUAAGUCUCCUGAUAAUACUAUUUCUGCCAAUCAGACCACAAUCUCCUAUUCAACAGCAGCCUCAGAACUCUGUUAAUAAGAGAAAAACAGAUUGAUGUCUCCAAGAAAAGCUGGAUACGGAAAACUGCAAAACAUUGAAAAGAGGAGAUGAAAAGGCUCAAGUGUUCUUCAGUGACUUUAGAGGCAAUGUUUACAUGCAUUUUUUAAAAAUAAAAGUGCAGGGAGUAUUUUUAUAAAGCCUUUUUGUACAAGUAAAUCAGCCAUGUCCAGUUGAUCUGUUUUAAUGUUUUAUAGGACAUUGGAGUGGUGUGGAGUUGUGUGGAGAAUCUGCUAGAGUUGCAGAAACAGUCCAUCUGGGCUGCUGGGUCUUUGCCUUUCUGGCAUGGUUUCCAGCCACUGAAAUGUGGAUGUUGAGACCCAGACAUCUGCUCCAGAAGUUAGAUGGUGAUUGCUGAGGAGAUUUGUCAUAGGUUUCUUAAACUAGACCAUAUCCACAUAUGGUUGUUCCUUGGGAAGCCCCAAAUCCUUUGACUUGUGACAUUACUUUUUUGAAUGCAAUAACUCUAUCAGAAGACCCCAGAGGAGUAGGGUCGUGAGGGAUGUUUUUCAGGGUACUGAACACCAUGCGAGCCAGGAGGACGAACCGUGAACACUUGAAUGGACUGAAAGUCAGCCAUGCCCUACAGUAGGCUGCAUUUUUUUUCCAGGAUGCAUCUCUUCCCUUUUUUUCUUCUGAACUGAGCCAAGACUGUAAAUCAGAAAGUCUCCUGUAGAUAUUCAGCAGGAGUCUAGGAGGGGCUGCUGUUUUCCAGAUGUUUUUCCAUUUCACAUGCGCCAUCUGCUUGCCCAGGGAUGGCCCUGAGGAAACACCCUAGAGGUCACACCAUCGCAGACAGAAGAAUGUCUUCUAAAGAAAUAAUUUUAAAGGAAAAUAAUUCAAAGUUACAUAGAAAAGUUGAUAAGAUAUUUUGCUCUUUUUCUCCCCUCAUUUCAUAGAGGUGUUAAUAUUCAUGGCCACGAUGGGCUGACAUUUAUUUUUCCAGUCUCAGAGCUGAUUACAUCUGACUUUCUAUUAGUUGAACUAUCAUAUUGAAAAGCAAAAACUGAAAGACGGUUUUCUAUCUUUUUUAUGAACAUGCUGUGGCUCCUUCUGGGGACUUCUAUUGUGUAACACUCUACACGGAAGAGGGAAACAUGGUAUUAAGUGUUGUGGAAAAUAAUAAUAAUAAUAAUAAUAAUAAUAAUAAAUUAUAUGCUACAAUGGUGUGCCCUCAAUCACAUGCCUUGGGUGAAGCAAAUUUGUUCAAACCAGAUGUUUAAAAGUUAGUUUCUUACUGAAUAAAAACUGUUUCUAUGUAAAAGAAA